CAUCUACUUCAUUUAUAGGUUGCUAAGGGUAGCAAAGCUGGUGGAGAAUCCAUCCCUAUGCUUCUGAGAAUACCUAGAUUUUUUGAUCCUUGGGGAGGAGGCUACCAAAUGAUUGGUUUUGGUGAUAUGAUUUUACCCGGCUUACUUAUUUCUUUCAGUCGCAGGUUUGAUAGAUUAACUGAAAAGACCAAGGGUACUGGUUAUUUCCUUUGGCUUGUAAUUGGCUAUACUGUCGGUUUAUCGCUUACCUACCUUGUCCUAUACCUGAUGAAUGGGCAUGGCCAACCUGCUUUGCUCUACUUGGUACCAUGCACAUUAGGUCUUACUGUUAUAUUGGGUGGCAUUAGGGGAGAACUUAAUGAGCUAUGGAACUUUAAAGAGAGAGAAUAUUCCAAAUCUGAUUCUGCUGGACAUGCUCAACCGCUGCCUGUCUAAUCUAAGCCAUCGCUCAAGCUCUUCAAAUGCAAACUUGUAGCCGUAGGAAAAUUAACACUAUAACUUAAUCAACUGAAUUGAUCUGAAGAAGAUUUGAUUUUUAAUUUAUUGUAUGAUACAACCCUCAUUUUUGCCUCGUAGAUGCAAUGUGUUCUUGUAUCAGAAAUUAGUUUCUAUCCUCAAAUUUGGGUAGGCUAAUUUUGAGAGCAAAAGGAAUCAUGAAUACUUUUCCCCUUCUUUUAAA